UGGCAACGCGUUGGAAACGCCAGCGUGCACUUCAGUCAAUCCCAGACGCUCAAGGUGCGACCACCUACCUUAUUAAGAAUCGGCAACAGAGGGAACGACAAUGUCGCAUUCGGUAACCAUCAGGACCCAAACGGUGACGAGCAGCUCCACAGCAGUUCUCAUCAAUACCGGUUACCUAAAAACCUGGAGCGGCCUGUUCAAAACGUUGCAGUUGGCACUUGGAAUAGUGUGCGUGGCAAUAGUAGGAAAUCACAUCUCUCUUUAUCAAAGCUACGCGUACACCGGUGAAUUAUUUUUCCUUUUAAUGACAACGACGUUUUUAAUCGGUACCUUCAUCUUGCUCGUAAGUUGCUUGGCUUCCUUUUCAUCGGCUGCCGUCAUCGCAAAAUCCAUCUAUGAACUUCUCUACCACUCCAUAGCAUUCGGAUUGUACUUGGCUGCAUCGUUAACGUACUCGGUACACGUGUUUAAAAUGAAAGGAUACAGGGAAUACGAAACAUUAAUGGCCGCAGUCAUUUGCGGUCUCAUAAACUCAGCGCUGUACCUUUUCAGUACGAUACUCGCUGUUCGAACGUACAGAGGCAUUUGAGCACGUUAUCGUUCCUUCUACGCGAAAUUUUUAAUAUCUCCGUACAAAUUUCGAGAUCACAGAUUCGCCUUGUAUUUCGUA